AUGUUCGGUGCAAAAAAGCGUCGUGAGAUAUAUAGUGGGAGACAGGUCCGAUCGAUCAGUGUUCCUUCGAGGCGCAAAUGGUACCAAAAAAUAUCACCAAAUCAUCAUCGAAGAAUUCAGUCUCAAAAGAAUUUCUAUAGUCAGGACAUUAAUUAUGUUUCACGGCAUCUAAUAGGUGCUAUAACGAUGUGGCAUGAUAUUCACGCAAGUUUAAUUCAUCUUGCAAUUGGUCAACAUGAAAUUUGUUCCGAUGAGCUGGAAUCCAUUUCAAAUACUGACUUAUCAUCAUAUCAAUCAAGCAGCUCAUAUGAUUACUUCAGUAAUCAAGAUGAUGAAGGCCUAAAGGAAUGUGAAACACAUGAAAAGGCUAUAAAGCCGUUAGGCUCAAAAAUGUCAUUGUCGAAUCCAGAUUUAACAGCUGACCAACUAAAAUUGAUAUUUCCGGAAUUAUCGGAACGUUGGAGGUUAUAG